AGUUGGGGGCAGAAAAAACUCGGAGCCUUGAUGCCAAGCCCACCCCGGAGCUUUGCCAUGGAGCGCGAGGAGGCCCUGGAUGCGGCCAGCUUUGUGAGCCAGGCGAAGUUGGCGUAUGAGUUCUCCCUGAAGAACUUCUUGUGGAAACAAGCCGCCUUCUUUGGGGAGCGCCUUGUGGCGGAGCGGCCCUGCGACGAGACGACCUAUCUGCUUGGCCUGGCGUACUUUCACAACCAGGACCUGGCAAGGGCGCAGUGGCACCUCCAGGGCAACAAGCUGCCGGAAGCGAGGUACUUGCUCGCCAGAUGCUGCUUGCAGAUGAAGCGCUGGGACCUGGCUGAGGAGGCCCUGAUCUCCCCGGGAGGCGGGCUGAGCGAGGUGGUGAACGGCGCCGCGGGUCUCUUCCUCCUGGGCCAGGUCCAGGAGAGGCAAGGCCGGCGAGAGCAGGCGGUGGAGUGCUACGCCAAGUGCCUCCAGGACUGCCCCUUCAUGUGGGACGCUUACGAGCGCUGGUCCUGGCUCGUGCUCGGCUCGCCCUCUCCGUCGCGGUCGUCCAUGGCGGCUGCGGCCUUCAGUGACGAGAGAUUCGCACAGAGCUUCGCGGGCAUCAAGGAGGCCUCGGUGCGGCCAGGCCUGAAACGAGGGGAGAGUGCUGGGAAGGGAGCCGUUCAAAGGAAGCCUCCCAGCUUCGCCAGGUUUCGCACAGCCGCAGCCGGGGGCAGCUGUUCGUUUCGGAAGCUCCGGAUGGUCGUUUCACCCCCGGUGCCCCCGGUGCCGCUCCCAACGUUGGAGCGCGCGGAAGACGCGGAAGCGGAUGGACGCGAGGAGUCGGAGUCGUCGCAUGGGCCGGAGGGCGCGGAAAGUGCGGAGGGCGGCGCUGCCGCGCUGCCCUCGCGAAGGGUCGCUGCCUCCGCCCACAGGCUUGCGGUGGACAACGACGCAGUCGUACAGGCGAUCGAGGCCUGUCCGCGGCAAGAGGACCGGCCGAUCCCCGACACGUGGAGCCCAACGGAGGCCGCCGGCGUCAUCUCCGCCGUGACGGAGACGCUGAGGCAGUCGCGGAAGUCUUUGAGCUUCCACUCGAAGCGGCUGGUGGUGCUACUGGGUCCAGAUUUCGCGGGCCACGUGCAUGCCUCCCAAGGAGCGCGCGUGGUGUCCGAGUUGAGCGGCAGCAUCGAUGCAGCGAUGCAAAGCGUGGAGGAUUUCAAGCUGCGGCUCCUCUCGAUGCAAGCCGCGCUGGCACAGCGGGAGCCCAGCUCCCCGGGUGCCGCGCUGAUGGACGUGAGCUCCGGGUCGCAACGCCGCAGGGAGCGGUCCCCCAGCUCCGCGCUAGGCUUUGAGACCGCCAUCAGCUUUAAAGAGAUCCCGGAGGAGAGCGAGCAUCCGAAUGGCGAGGCGGUGGCGCCGUGUGCCAGCGGCGGCAGCAGCGGCUCCAAGGUGGUGCUGCAGCGCAGCAACGGGUCGGAUGACAGCAAGGGUCCAAAGCGGCCGUCAGGCUACCACAGGAUACGCAGCCUGCUCAGGCAGGGCUCCAAGCUCUCGGACUGGACGCGCGAGGAAGGCAAAGCCCUCAGCUGGUCGGCGUUCUUCCGGAAGGUGGUCAACUCCCCCCACUUUGAUUUGACCUUUGCCGUGCUGAUCGUGCUCAGCAGUGUCGUCAUGGCGAUGCAAGUGCAGUACCGCGGCCUGGACGUAGGUUUCCAGCUGCAGUACUUCGGCGUGGAGAACUCCGCGGACCAGCUCUGGCCCACCGCCGCCCAGGUCUUCCAGAUCUUGGAGAUGACCCUCGGGGUGAUCUUUGCUAUGGAGAUCGCCGUGCGCAUGUGCGCGGCGCGGUGCAAGUUCUGGUGUGACGCCUGGAACGUCAUGGAUCUGUGUGUGGUGAUCGCCUGGGCGGUGGACACGGCCACCAGCACCUCCUUGCCGGUGGACCCCAUGCUCCUGCGGCUUCUGCGCCUGGUGAAGCUCUUCCGCCUGCUGCGCCUCAUCAGGAAAGUGAAGGGCUUCGACUCCUUGUACAUUAUGGUCACUUCGAUCAAGGCCUCCUUCUCGGCUUUGCUCUGGUCCACAGUGCUCCUCUUCGCGGUGCUCACGACCAUCGCGCUGGUGCUGACGACCCUAGUGGAGGUCUACUUGAACGACGACAGCCAGCCCUUGGAGCGACGGCUGCGAGUCUUCACGUACUACGGGACCUUCACCCGCUGCUCCCUGACGCUGCUCGAGCUGACGUUGGCCAACUGGGUGCCGGCCUCCAGGGUCCUCACCGAAGACGUGAGCGAGUACUACACCAUCUUCGUGCUCAUGUUCCAGGCCUCCAUGGGCUUCUCCGUGGUGAAGGUGAUUAUGGGUGUCUUUCUGCAGAACACCUUCUCCGUGGCGGCCAACGAUGACGUGAUCAUGAUGAACUCCAAAGACCGGGCCCUGCAAACCCACAAGCUCAAGAUGCGUCUGCUCUUCGAGGCGGCGGACACCAACGGGGACGGGCGCCUGGACCGCGGGGAGUUCGGCGAGAUCCUGGCGGACCCCUUGGUGGCGCGGUGGCUCAGCGCCAUGAGCUUCGACACCUCGGUGAUGAGCUGCGACGAGAUCUUCAACCUCUUAAAGGAGGAUGACAAGAUGGAUCUCAGCGCAGAGGAGAUGAUCAACGGCGUGGCGAAGCUCUCGGGCCCCGCGAGUUCCUUGAACAUGACACAGCUGCUCUACGAGCAAGAGGCGCGCUGGUACACCUUCCAAUCAUCUUUGAAUCCACGAGGCUCCGGAGCAGCGCUGGGAUUCUUUGAGAAGCUGCUGCUGGAAGCUGCGGCAAUGGCGCCCGGACAGUGGAUCGAUGCCACGGACGCGGUGAUCCUGAACAGCCCCUGGCUGCAGCGCCGCACGGGGAACCUGCUGCGCUUCAUCUGGCUCAUCUUCCAGGUGAUCUGGUGGACCAUUCACCUACGAGAGUACUGGAACAAGCGCCGCAACUAUGGCCCGCUGCUGGUGAUGCUGGUGGCGAUCACCCUCGGCGUAUUGCCCAGCUUGUGCCGAGGACCAGACACCCUGGCGACAAGUCUGGGCCUCGCCUGGGCGCUGGUCGGCAGCAACCUUCUGCAGGCGAUGAUGGUGUGGGACUUCUCCCUGGAUCACGCCUUUACCCUCGCCUGGGUCGCCUUGUGCCACUGCAACUGCCACCCCGUGGCGCUCAUGGGCUCGGUCCUGUUCUUCGUGCCGGCCAACCUGAUCUACGCUCGUAAUUCCUACAUCGGCUCCAUGCGUAGCAACCUUCUGAACAACUUUCAGCCGGAGCUCACUUGGACCACCACCGUCUUUGCUCAGGUGGGCGGCCUUCUGCUCGCUGGCGCCUUCACCUGGGACUUCACCUUGCGCGUGCGCGCGGUGAGCAGCGGCGUCCUCUUCGGCCGCGGGGAGGAGGUGCUGCAGAGCCCCGUGGCGGGGCGCUCCGCGCGGCAGAGCUGCUGGGCCCUGGGCGCCAGCUUUUGGCUGCACUGGGCCCUCACCCAGCGGGAUUUGCGGCGCUUCGCACUGCACGGGGGUGUCCAUCAGAGUGCAGAGUGCAUCCAGGAGAUGGGUAGCCUCGUGCCGCUCUGCUGCAUCGCGCCCUUCCUGACCUUGGCGGUGCUUUUGUGGAGCCUUGUGGACUGGACGAGGGAGAGCAAGGCCGACGGCGCGUUGGCUUUGCUGUGCUGCGUACCUCCCACCCACUUGAUGAUCCAGGCGGGCUACAUUGGCAGCCAGUGCAUCAAGUACCACGGGAACCAGAAAGCCCACUUCCCCUUGAGUGUGCUCCUCUCAGGGGGCGCUUUGAUCUCCGCCUUGAUGUCCAUGCAGGCGCUGAUCCAAGCCUCCUGCGACCCAGCGCUCUGUGGGAUCUGCGCGCUGGUCUUCUCCAUCAGCGCGGUGUACAUGGCCAGCACCGACUGGCGCACCUCUCCGGAGAUCCAUUUCGACCUGAGCCAAGACUUCUCCCCCGCGAGCCCGCUGGUGUCCGCGGCGGUGUGGUGGGUCCUGGUCUUCAGUCAUGGGGUGGACUACUACCGCCGCCUCAGUGCCAUCCAGGAAGGCCUGGCCGCGAGCCGCACCAACGCGGCGAGCUCGGAGAUGGUCACGUUCUUGCGUGGCACGGAGGAUCGCGUGGCCGGCAUCAGCGGGUGCCAAGAAGGCAACUCCGCGGAGACCUCAGCGCCGGAGGACGCCGCGGCGUUGCCGGGGCUAGGCGGCGAGGCGGCGCCGCCGCUGGCGGUGGCGGUGGUGCGCCACGCGGAGCGUGCGGAUUCCCACGAGGCCUUCGACGCCUGGUGCACCGCGGAGGAUGCCGAGCAGCACCCGCUGGAUCCACCCAUCACGAAGCAGGGGCUGCUGCAGGCGCAAGAGCUUGCGGAGGCGCUGUCCCGGCAGAAGGUGGAGUUCCAGGUGGUGAUCUCGUCCCCGUUUCUGCGGUGCCUGCAGACGGCCACGGUGCUGGCGGAGCAUUUCAACGCCUCCAUCCUCUUGGACCAAGAGCUCUGCGAGGUACUGGGCCCCGACGUCUACGAGGUCGAGCCACCCGAGGUGCCAUGGAGAGCCGUGGCAAAGAUGAAGAGCCUUCUGCAGGAGACCUCUGCCUCGCGUCUGAACUCGGCGCGGCUCAUGGGCCAGCGCCCCAAGUGGCCCGAGCAAUUGGGAGCCGCGCGGUGCAGGUACGCCAAGCGCUUUUUCGACUACUUGCGCCGCGCGCGGCACACCAAGCGCAGCUGCAUCCUUGUGAGCCACGGCCACAUGGUGCAGGUCUGCGCCUCGGUGCUGCCUGCCUGCAUGCAGCGCAAGAUCAUCUCGGUGGACUACGCAGGCGGCGGUGGCGAUUCGGACGAGGAGGCGGACGCCGCAGCUGAUCGGCGGGCGCAGGAGAAAAUCCUGGACUUCACGGAGCAAGACCUGGUGAACCUCCGAAGGCGGAUCUAUCUCAUCAUCAUGUCCUCUGUGCACUUCGAGGCGCAACGCUUGUGCCGCCUGAAUCCGAUAUACCAGGACAACUUCACCGAAGCCUUCGGCGUGCAGUUCAACACCGUGCACAGGUUAGAAACCAACAAGCUGCGGAACAUUGGGAAGUUCUUUGCCCAUCUCCUCUAUACGGAUGCAAUUCCUUGGAGUAUUUGGGCGCAGGUGAAGAUCUCCGAAGAAACCACGACCUCCAGCUCCCGUAUCUUCAUCAAGGUGAUCUUCCAAGAGCUUUCUGAACUGUGGGGCAUCAAGAAGCUGGUGGAUCGACUUCGGGAGGAGGAGUUGAAGCCCUUCUUCGUGGGCCUCUUCCCCAAGGCUGCGGAGGAACGUGCCAUGGAGGCGCGGCUGUGGCUGACGGGGGCUGACUGCCAGAAUGAGAAGUGCCUCCUGGAGACGGAGCCCUGGUGA